AUUGGUCGAAUGAAAGGGUAGCUGGACAUGAGCGCCAAUGCCAAUGGGCUGCUGUUAGAUCCACGUGUAAUAGUGGAGCUAAUUUUAAUUAGAUUGCAAUUUAACUUAUUUUAAGAAAACAAGAUUAAUCAUGUAAUGGCAAAGGGACAAAAUAAAUUUAAGGCUCCAAGACGUGUGAGCAAACAGUCUAGCACAGACUCCAAUACACAGGUAGGUGAGAACCAGGCGACGUUCUGUGAAUCGCAAGAAAAAAGUUUAUCCAACUUUCCUGUUCCAACUGAAAGUAGAUCGGGUGUUUUUGACCAAACUGAGAGUCAAGAUGUUGAUAAAACAUCAGAUUUAGACAGUGCUGAUGCUAGUUUAAAUUGGAAGUGUUUUUGGCAAAGAAAGCGUAAAAUUCACGUUGAUGUCUCAGAAUGUUUGAAUUUUUCUCAAAGUGAAACCGGAAGUAAGGUUUUAACAAAUCCACACCAAGUAAAAAAGAGCAGUAAGGAUUGCAACAGAGGACUGCAUCCCAGAAGUAGGACUAAGAGGUUAAAAAAAACACAGUCACAUGGCUUGGACACUGGUACAAAAAGUUUGACAGUUCCAUCACAAGUUUGUAAUACAGCUUCAUGCACAUCUUCAUCAUACUUGUCAGGACCAAGUCCAUCAAAGUCACUUGAAACCACACCAUCAAAGACAUCAUUCAAGAGUCCAAGGAUAAAGUACCAUGGCAAACGAUUUGUGCCUCAGAAAAACACUUUAUCAAAAUACUUUACUGUUCAAAAAAUAGACGUGCAUUCUUGUAUCAUAAAUGACAAAAGUGGAAGUGAAAAAAGUGAAGUCGAGGUAAAAAGUUCUAUGAUAGAUGAUCCAUCGAGUAGUAAGUUAAAAGACUCGUCAUCAUCAGGCACAUCAUACAGAACUACUUCAAAGAUGUAUUCCCCAAUUAAGAAGCUCACUGAUAUAGUUUACAUAUGUGAUUCAUCUUCAGACUCUUCCUCAUCGGUACCACAUACAGGAUCAUCACAUUCAAAGACACAUCCCGUAAGAUCAUUGUUUACAAGCCAACAACAAGAUUCUCAGCAGUUCAAAUGUUUAAAAGUGGAGUACUCAAGUAUUGCAUGUGCUUCUUGUGAAUCGGAUCAUUCGAAAACAUUUGGGCUGCUUGGUGAUGCUCUAGACAGUGAAAACCACAACUGUCCUUCAGCAUGUUCAAGCAGAACAAACUCCACAAGUUUUGAACAUCUUCCUCUUGAAGUUGUUGAACUCAUAUUUUGUCAGCUUCCAGUGCUUGAUCUAUGCUUAAAUUGCAACAGAGUUUGUACACAGUGGAAUGAGAAAAUAUCCGAUCCAAAGUUUAUUCCUUGGAAGAAACUCUACCACAGGUUGAGGAAAAACCACGGAGACAGUUUUAGUGUGGUUGUUGCACUGAUGACAAAGAGAGAUUUAAAUCUGCCUUCGAAAUCAUUGCUAGGAUUAAUCAGGUUUAUGUUGGAUUUUAAACCUGUCACAGCAAACAACAUGACAGAAUGUCUGGCAAAACACGACAAGUACAAAUGGGCUUGCACUUUGAUAGAAGAGAGGGUGGAAGAUUGCAUCAAGAAUAAGACCCCGAACCCCUGGUGUAUCAUAGCGUCUCUAGUGAUCACGUCGAGCUGUGUAGCUGAUGUCAGUAGUAUUCUGUCCUGUCUGACGGUGCCGCUGUCCCAGUGUACCACUCUGGAAGUCUUGGAGUGUCUGUACUGCCUGGCAACCAUGCUUUAUGGAAUGCAUCUGAAACACGGGCCAAAUGUUUGGACUGGGAUGCAUUACCGGGUAUUCUAUGCACUCUACCUGUAUGAAAAUGCUUCUGUGUCAACCCAUGGGAUGUUACAGGAAACAAUGACCAGUACAUCAGGACAGCAGUCCAUUGUCAGAUACAGUGAAAAGGAUGUAGCCAUACGUAUGACCCACGAGCAGAUGAGAAUUGUCAAGUGUGACCUAAACCCAGGAGAUGUGGUCAAGAUCGUUGCUUUUGCUGGUACAGGCAAAACAUCCACAUUAGUGCGAUACACACAGAUGAGACCGGACAAGAGGUUUUUGCUUCUCGUGUAUAACAAGUCUGUUUGUGAUCACGCUAAGAAAAUGUUCCCUCACAAUGUAACUUGCAAGACUGGCCAUGGACUUGCAUACGGCGUCAUGGGUACAAGGUAUGCUUCCAAGUUGAACAGAGGUGCUCUAAAGGUGUAUGACGUCACACAGAUUCUGCCACUGAGAAAAGGAGAUAAUAUGUAUGUGAGGGCCAAGUUUGUCAUUGACACACUGAACAACUUCUUGGUGUCGGACACUUUUAACAUCUCCACUGUGCACGUUCCUGACUGGAGACAGAACGAUGAUGGCGUGAAGGUGCCUGUGGAACACGCGGCCAAAGUGCGAUAUGCGGAGGAUGCAGAAUACCUGUGGAAGCUAAUGCAGGACCUGGAUAGGAAGACUGUUGGCAUGACCCAUGAUGGCUAUCUCAAACUGUACCAGUUGAGUGAACCACGUGUCCGUGGAUACGACAUCAUUCUCAUAGAUGAAGCGCAGGAUCUGACUCCAGCUGUGAUUGACAUCCUGAUGAACCAGUCCCAGUGUAAAAUACUGGUAGGCGACCCCCAUCAACAGAUUUACUCAUUCCGUGGAGCGAUUAAUGCCAUGCAGAUGAUUACAGCAACACAGGUGUUUUACCUGACACAGUCUUUCCGGUUUGGUCCUGAGAUUGCACAUGUAGCUGCCAGCUGUCUGGAGGUGUUCAAGAAUAUCAAACAGAAAACUAUCGUUGGACAUGGAAUAUCAGGUUGUGUGUCUGGGGAGAAAGUUGGGCAGAUGGCCAUUAUUUGCCGGUCUAACUUCACCGUGUUCAGCGAGGCUGUCAAGAUGUGUUGCUAUAGGAAAGAGCCAUGUCGAGCUGCCUUUGUUGGCGGCACAGAAGCAUUUGGUUUUGGAAUGCUGCACGACAUGUACACCCUAAUGCUUAGUCCUGAAGAUCGAGUCAAAGAAAAUCAUACCGUCAGCAAUAAAUUCAUCAAGAUGUUCAAGUCGUUCUCGGAUCUGGAGCGGUAUGCGUCCCGCACGAUGGAUACCGAGCUGGGUGGGAAGAUCCGCAUCGUGAGGACGUUCCACAACAACCUGCCCAUGUGUCUGAAGAAGAUCCGAGAGAAGUGCGUGCACGACAUCACCACUGCCGACGUGGUGUUCAGCACAGCCCACAAAUCUAAAGGACUGGAGUUCUCCACUGUGAGGAUUACAGACGACUACAUUGCCAGUCCAGUACACGACUUGUCUCUGUCGCAGAUAUUGACACAGAUCCCAGUGGAUGAAACAAACUUGCUGUAUGUUGCCGUCACCAGAGCAAAGAGAUCACUCCAGCUGUCUCCCAUGCUGAUGCGGGUUUUGGCUAACAAUGGGGAAAAAUUUGUGUAUCCUGUAUUAAGUUCGGCAGUCCAGGAUGGCAAGACUCCUUUGAAGUGUUUUGUUACUGAUGCCGAGUUUCAGCCCAAGGCACUCACCCUGAGGAAAAACAGCAUUACCCUUAGUGACAACUCGGUGAGAGAUGGAGGUUUGAUAAGUCCAGCCAUGCUAACUGCUGACAAACACGUGUUCCAUGAACUGCUGGGCUGUCAGACGUCGGACCCGCCAUCCGCAGACGUUGACGAUGACCAAGAGUUCUUUGACGAAGACUUUGCAUUUUGAACUGUGCCAUCAUAAAGAAACUUUAAGCCCAAAACACACCGGGUCUGGGUUUGGAGAUAUUGGCAAAGACACCAUGUCAGGUGUAUUAAUAGAAUCCAUCACCGAGGGACAAAAACAUUUUGCCUCAUCUAUACCUCACAACGGUGAUUGAUUCUUUUUCUUGCCCGUUUAAUUACAGUAACAAAACAUUAAUUUUGUAUGCUACAUAUGGUUUGUUUCUUGUUGAAUGAUUCGUAACCAUUUCACCUACAAACAAUGAAACUCAUUUAAUCAUACACUGAAAAAUAUAGUUCAACUUAUGCAACAACAUAAAAAUUAUGUGCAUCAACUUAACAAUAAAUAUACAGUUGAAAAUACUCCUCAGACCCAGACCCAGACCCAGAUCCAGCAUGUUUUGGGCCUUAGUCUUCCAUUAUUCUCGUUCCAACCAGUGCACCACAACUGGUAUAUCAAAGGCUGUGGUAUGUACUACCCUGUCUGUGGGAUGGUGCAUAUAAAAGAACCCUUGCUGCUGAUCGAAAAGAGUAGCCCAUGAAGUGGC